AGCCCCACCAGCAACAAAGAACACUAGCCGAAAAAAAUGCUGUGCAGAGCUUCACGCGCCGCCUCCCGCCGCCGCCCUCUGCCGCUCCUCCUCCGCGGCGGCGGAGCAUCGGUGCUCCGCCGCCGCUUCUCCUCCGUUUCUUCUCCAGCUUCAGACGACGCAGCGCCCAUUCCAGCCGCCUAUGCCGAUCACAUGGGCUUCAUCAGAGACGUGGCUGCGAUUCGGCCUCCCAAGCUGUUGCCUGACCUGCUGCAAAUUCUCGAGGAGAGAGGUGAAUCAAUAAUUUCUCCUGGAAACAGGAAAGGGAUGGUUCCCCUCGCCAUUCCUUUAGCAAAAAGUUGCUCAGGGGCUACUACUGCACUGCUUCGAUGGCCUACAGCUCCAUCUGGUAUGGAGAUGCCGGUGGUUGAGGUUGACAAGCAUGGAGUGUACCUAUUAGCUAAAACUGUAGAUCAGUUUAUUCAUAGAGUUCUCCUUGAAGAUGACGACCUUGGUUCUCAGGAUGCAACCAGCAAGCUACUUAAUGCUUCAGCUGGUGCUAGAGGAAGACUUUAUAAAGAGGGAGAUUACACUAAGUCUAAAAUCACAAGCCGUGAUAUCUAUCUCCUCAAAAAGGUUGGUUUAUUUCCGGAUAUCCUGGAACGCAAGGCAAUGAACCACUUUGAGAAAGGAGACCAUGUUUCAGCACUAGUCACUGCAGAGUUCUACACGAAGAAGGAAAACUUUCCAGGAUUUGCACGGCCUUUUGUUUUCAAUGCAGUGCUUUUACUGAAGGUUGGCCGUGGCCUCGAAGCCAAAGACGCUGCAAGAGGGGCUCUAAAACUGCCAUGGUGGACUCUGGGUUGUAAAUAUGAGGAUGUUGCUGAAAUAGCAGAAUGGGAGGAUGAGCAAAUUGAACGCAUUAAAGAGAAAAUCACAGAAAGGGGUAGGGAAGAGGACCUGAUGAAGGGAAAGCCACCUGUGCAGAUUGCAUUGGAUGAAGCUGCUUUUCUAAUGGACUUAGCUUCAGUGAAGGGGACUUGGGAUGAUUCUGUUGAUAGGAUUGGGAAAUGUUACGAAGAGGCUGGACUUCACGAUAUUGCGCAAUUCGUACUAUAUCAAGAGUGAGCAUAAAGCCAGGGAUUACUCAUCUGACACAUAGUUUGAUUUAGUGUGUUCUGUCAUUACCAUCCUCAAUACAGAAGAGAAAAGUACUCAGGUUCUUGAACUUUGGUCUUUUGCCGCUGCCACAUCAACUACAUUUCCUCCUAGAGUGGAUUGUUUCCCACAGCUGGCUGGUAUGAAUUUAGAGGCACUUUGCUCAGAACCAUGACAAAUCUUGCUAGGAGUAGAAAGAUCUGUUGUAAUUGCUCAUCUUUUUGUCAUAGCGAUUGUGUAGCAACCUUUGUUAGAAAUUACAGUUCAGUGACGAUGGUGACCCAAUUAAUGACAUGGGAGGCCUUUGAACUUUUUCAAUUUGUGCAA